UCGACUAAUCCUGUCUUUUGACAUUCAUUCUGACGACGCAGUUUUUAAUACACUUCGGUUCUAGACUCCAUUGUUAUCGGUUGCCCUUUUCAGUUAAAGCAAUUUACGCAGUGAACAUUCGUGAAAAUCAUGAAUCUAAACGAUUUCCCCGAUAAAGUUUUAUGCCAGAUUUUCGACCACCUCGAUUUGUACGAGGUUAAGUUAGCGUCCCGCGUGUGUCGGCGUUGGUCGACGCUUACUUUUUCUGAGCGACGGAUGGACCGCGUGUUUUUGAAGCCGAGUUAUUCCAAUUCUGAUUUUUUGCUCAAUACAAAAAGAAACUAUCGCAACUUUCGCCAACUGUGGAACGAAGAUGAUAAUCAUCAGUUUUCAAGCUUAGUAUGGUUACAGCGCAAGCUAAAGCCUAAUGUCCGAGUGUUAGAUAUUUUGACUGAUGUAACUUCCGAGCAAUUACGAUUGCUUCUGGUGGAAGCACCUGAGCUACAGCAUUUGUCGAUUAGUGUCAUUACCUAUUGUAACUGCGGAACAAGUGGACCGUUCCCGGUUUUACCGAAGUUGACAUCGCUGAAGUUAAUUCAGUCACAAGAUGAUCGCUUUGACUUUUUACGUAAGAGCAUGCCAAAUUUGCAGAGUCUUAAUAUGAGCUGUGCGUCUGAUUCGGAACUGAAAGUAUGGAGACACUUCAGCAAACAGUUGAAAUUAGCUAAUGUGCAUGCUUUUCUUAGUAAAUAUAUCGACCCUUUCCUGGAGCUAACGUUCCCACUCCUGGAGGAUUUGUCCAUGAAUAAAGACAACUGGCCAAUGUUAGUACAGUUAGAUUCAGGAAAAAGUCAUGAUUUUUUCCAAAGGCACCCCUUGCUUCGAAAACUCUCCAUCCGCAUUGAUAUUCCGCUAGAAUGCGUGGAAUCAAUUACUCGUCACUGUCCUGAGUUAACUUAUCUACACCUUAAUCUAAACAAUCCGGAAGAAGGUUUUUUAAAGUCGCUGGAGCAGCUAACUAAGCUGAAGCAUCUUUCAAUAGACGAACCAGAAGAUGCAGGAGGAUAUAUGGAGAUACUGGCGCAGCUAACUGGGCUGAGGCACCUGUCAGUGCAGGGAGGAAUGGACAGAAAAAUGUUUCGUGGAGAUCUCAAGGCUCUCGAAAUCGUUGAAUUAAAGGUUAGGCGUCCUGGAGUGCUGCUCGAGAACCUUUUUGAAGUGGCGCCGCAAUUGAACUCUCUGAAACUCAAGCACGGCAAUCACGAUCAUUUGCAGUUACAGUUUAUCUGCGAGAACUUUUCGUAUCUCCAACACUUAGAAGUGAACGUGAAAGAAGUGAUUGCAGCUGACAAUUCUGUACCAUUCGAUGGAUUGGCCUUGCAGGAACUUAAAAUAUCGUGGGCCACCAAAAUUAAUUACAUUCAUCACAAAACCCUCCGGUGCUUGACAAUAUCGUACAGUGAGAUAACCGAUGAUGACCUUAACAAGAUACCGGGCAAGUUCCCUUUGCUAAAGAGAUUGAGCCUCGUUAGCUGUUCCAAGGUGUCUAUGACUGGUGUCAAACGGCUACAUAAAUUGAUGGGCUCUUGCAGAAUCGACUAUGACAAAAAACGCUUCUAUCCAGUUAAAGAUGAUAGUUCGAAAUGAAAGACGCCCGUAAUGGAAAGAAGGCGUAGGUUCCGAAGGAGAUAAACUUUGGCGUUAUGAUUCAAGUAAAAAGACACUCAUGUAAUCUGUUUUAAUUACCGGCAUUACACCGAUUUGAACGACGUGAGUGCCGUGUGAGAAAAUCCAUAAUAAAUUGAAAUUUAAU